AUGGGUUGCGUACAGUCUUCUGGCGUCGACGACGAGGCCAAGGCCCGCAAUGACGAGAUCGAAAGUCAGCUCAAGCGGGAUCGUAUGAUGGCCAAGAACGAGAUUAAAAUGCUGUUACUGGGUGCUGGAGAGUCGGGCAAGUCGACGGUCUUGAAGCAGAUGAAGCUCAUUCAUCAUGGAGGUUAUAGCGAGUCAGAGCGCGACUCGUACAAGGAGAUUAUCUUCUCGAACACCAUUCAAUCAAUGCGCGCGAUCGUCGACGCUUUGCCAUCCCUGGACAUCCAGCUGUCGCCUCCAAACGAUGCGCGACGUUCAGUGAUUCUCUCCUUGCCAGUGCAAAUCGAGGGCGACAUUCUCCCACCCGACGUCUCUGACGCUGUUCGUGGUCUGUGGAACGAUCCCGGUGUCCAGGAGGCCGUGCGCCGUUCACGGGAGUUCCAGCUGAACGACUCGGCAGUGUACUACUUCAACGCGAUUGACCGCAUGGCCGCGCCAGGAUACUUGCCUACCGACCAGGACAUCCUCCGGUCGCGUGUCAAGACGACUUGUAUCACUGAGACAACAUUCAAGGUCGGCGAGCUUACGUACAAGCUGUUCGACGUCGGUGGUCAGCGCUCCGAGCGGAAGAAGUGGAUUCAUUGUUUCGAGAAUGUGACGGCGUUAGUUUUCCUGGUCAGUUUGAGCGAGUAUGACCAGAUGCUGUACGAGGAUGAGAGUGUCAACCGUAUGCAAGAGGCGCUCACCCUCUUCGACUCAAUAUGCAAUUCAAGGUGGUUUAUCAAGACAUCGAUUAUUCUUUUCCUCAACAAGAUCGACUUGUUCGCUGAAAAGCUUCCUCGCUCACCAUUGGGUGACUACUUCCCCGAUUACCAGGGCGGUGACAACUACGACGCUGCCUGCGACUAUCUCCUGCAUCGGUUUGUGUCGUUGAAUCAGAGCGCCGCGACGAAACAGAUCUACGCGCAUUACACAUGUGCUACUGACACGCAACAGAUCAAAUUCGUAUUGAACGCCAUUCAGGAUAUUCUCCUGCAGAUCCACCUGCGGGACUGUGGGCUGCUAUAG